AUGUUCGUUGCGAUCGUAGGGCUCGCGUGUGCCGGCAAGUCGGCCGUGGCCGAGUACCUCGAGUCGCGGCAUGGCUUUCAGCGCGUGGGCCUGGGUGACUCGGGUGCGGGCCGGUCUUUUGCUACGCCUGACGAGAUGCUGCACUUCGUGACGUGCCACUGGCGCUCCAACUUUGUGACCCUCGAUAUCGACACGAAUGUGCUCGUGGACGUGUUUGAGAAGCGCCCCUUUUUCCUGCUGCUUGGCGUCGAAGCGCCGCUCAUGCAGAGGUGGCGGCGCGCACAGGCACGUGCGCUCGCGGGCGAGCAGGUGCCAUUAUCGCUCGAGGCCUUUGUCGCGCUGGACGAUGCUGUGCUGUACGGCUGUGCACCGAGCGAGGAGGGCGAUACGUCCGCGGACCUCUCGAGCCUGUCGCUCAUGGAUCCGUCCGGCGCGGCCGUCUCGGCGUCGCUGCCGGAUGCGCCCAGCUCGCUCGCCUCGCUCCUGCAGCGGUGCCAGGUGCGCAUUGCGAAUACGUUCAGCCAUAUGACCGAGCUGCACGCGCAUCUCGACUCGCUUGCGCUGCCGUCGACGCACCGCAUCCGGCCGUCCUGGGACACGUACUUUGUGCGGCUCUGCACGCUCGCGGCGAUGCGCUCAAACUGCAUGAAGCGCCGCGUGGGCGCUGUGAUUGUCCGGGAUCACCGCGUGCUAUCCACCGGCUACAAUGGGACGCCCCGCGGUCUCACCAACUGCAGCGAGGGCGGCUGCACGCGCUGCAAUGGGAGCGCGCCGUGCGGGAGCAGCCUAGACGAGUGCCUGUGCCUGCACGCCGAGGAAAAUGCGCUCCUCGAGCUCGGGCGCGACCGUGGCGGCGCGCAGGGCACGGUCCUGUACUGCAAUACGUACGUAUGCGCCACUCACCCCAGCUGCCCCUGCCUCCGGUGCGCGGUCAAAAUUGUGCAGACGGGUGUGAAAGAGGUCGUGUACCAGCUUGAGUACAGCAUGGACGAUCGCAGUGCGCAGAUCUUUGCCGACGCGGGCGUCGCGUUCCGUCGGUAUGUGCCGCCGUUCUAG